AAAUGCAUACUGAAUGUUCCUCUCGGAUAAUACCAGUGUUAUAUUGCGGAGACAUCAUCCCAAAUCACGGGAUUUUCUACCAUCAACAUUAGGUAACACGAUGCGUGUUACGUGCCUGUGGUUGUGGAUGGUGGCCGUGCUGGUGGCAGUACUCGUCGCUGUCCUCAGUAGCCUACGUGAUGUACUGCUGUCGAGGUCAUCUCGUCUUCCUGACAUGGUGACGGACGGGCCUGGUCAUGGCCACGUGUCGCCAGUGUCUGAUGACAUCGACCACCCCGUGAGCCGCAUCCGCUCACUCAGUCUGCUGCAUCUUCCCCCCUGCGACGAGUUGCCAGAAUUACCUGAGCGUUAUCUGAUAAACACUUUCCACAGGUGA